AUGGGGAACACGGAAUCUCGGCCAGACUUCAAACAAGCUGUAAUUGAGCUAACAACAAGGGAAUCCACGUCUUCUCUCGCGUUUUGGGAUCAGUUUUGGGCGUCGGCCAACGCUCAAACCCCUAAAGAUGUGUUUUCGUUGAUAACUGUUAGUCAGAUAGCAGAAUUGAAGUCGGAUUCACCAACUAAUUUAGCCACAUUAAUUCAUAGAGCUGUCGAAUGUUUGCGAAAUGCUAGAGACGCUUCAGCGCCGGCUAGUGAUCAUAAAAAGGUAAUAUUGAGAUUCAUUUUUGUUAUUUUACAUUGAGUAAUAAUUUAUGAUAGAAUUGUUACUUUUCAGAUUUUAAACUGUGUGCGUUUGUUGACAAGAAUCAUUCCGUUUUUGUUCGAGGAUUCAGAAUGGAGAGAAUUGUUUUGGUCGCCAUUACCUUCAGAAGACAUUCCUCUGGCUAGUGUUUUGCUUGGAAUAUUGUCUGAUCUCUUGUUCUGUCCUGAUUUUACUGUUUCUCCAUUGGCUAACCGACCUGUAAGUUAAGAUUAUUUAAUAUGUUGAUUGUUUAGGAUGGAGCGAAUACUUUGGAUGCUAUCGACAGCUGUGAAUUCAUUUGGCAAGCUGGUGUUGGCUUUGCCAAUAAAACUACAAUUAACGCUACCCAUGAUUCUAACAGAACAGAGAUUUUAAGGUUACUGUUGGUAUUGUUUAGCGAAGUUAUAUAUGUUCCAGUAACUGGUAAGUUAGUCUGGAAACAUUUUGUUGUAAAAAACUUCCGAACUUUUUUUUAAAUGAUAAAUUUGCUUUUUAAACCUCGUUGUUUUUUAGAUGAAUCUCGUAUGCGUUGGGUGUCGCGUUUUUCUUCUGCUGAAAAUCGUCAUGUUCUUCCGUUAUUCACGUCAUUGUUGAAUAUUGUUUGUUCUUACGACCCUGUUGGAUACGGAUUGCCUUACAAUUACUUACUUGUUGGCGAUUCUCGAGAGCCUUUGGUACAGACAGCUCUUCAUGUGUUGGUUGUAUGUCUAGAUCGUGACUCUCAACCCACCAAUGAUGACACUGGAUAUGUUGAGAACUUCUUUGUCAAUUACCUAUCUCGGUUACAUCGCGAGAAUGAUUUUGAGUUUAUUUUGAAAGGCAUUAGCAGACUGUUGAACAAUCCCCUACAAUCGUCCUACUUGCCGAACUCUACCAAGAAGAUUGGCUUUCAUCAAGAGUUACUGGUCUUGUUGUGGAAAUGUUGUGAAUACAAUCAGGCAGGUUUUAUUAUGCUAGUUUGGAGUAUUUGUAAACACUUCUAUUUGUACAUAAUUGUAUUGUUACAGUAACAUAUCGUUUCAGAAGUUUAUGUUCUAUGUUUUGAAGACAAGUGAUGUUUUGGAGAUUCUGGUGCCAAUUCUGUAUCACCUACUUGAUUCUCGGGCAGAUCCUUGUAAGUGAUUGUUACCUAAUUUGACUAUAUUGUUUUAGCUCGUGUUGGUCUGAUUCACAUGGGCGUAUUUCUGAUUUUGUUGUUAAGUGGAGAGAGAAACUUUGGUGUGAGACUUAAUAAACCAUUUACUUCUCGUGGUAUCAUCAAUCUGCCGAUGUUUAAUGGCACCCACGCUGAUCUCUUGAUUAUUGUAAGUUUUGUGAUGUUACCCUUUUAAUAAUGUUAGUGAAUAUUCAGUUUUUGUUACCUAAAAAUAAUUUUUAGGUCUUCCAUAAAUUGAUUACAACUGGGAAUCACAAAUUACAAUCUCUGUUCGACUGUCUAUUGACAAUCAUUGUUAACAGUAAGUUAACAGAAUUUUACAGUACAGUAAUCAGUAAUUAUUUGAAUAUCUUUUAACUAUUGGUUUUAGUAUCACCAUACUUGAAGACCUUAUCCAUGACCACGGCAAACAAACUGGUUCACUUAGUGGAAGCAUUUGGUACCCCGUGGUUCUUGUUCUCUUCAAAGACGAACCAUCACCUCAUCUUCUUUUUGUUGGAAGUCUUCAACAACAUAAUCCAGUACCAGUUUGACGGUAAAUACUUUUAGAAGUUUUAUCACAAGUGAAGUUCACAUUUUACCGUUUUCAUCUAAAUAAGUUAAACUUUUUUAGGAAACGCCAAUCUGAUCUACACUAUAAUCAGGAAACGGCAAGUUUUCUAUCAGUUGGCUAACUUAAGUUCUGAUGCUUCGGCCAUUCAACAAUCCUUAAAAGGUCGUAGAGGCAAAGUUGCUGAAGCAGACAAAGAGAAAGAAAAACCUGCAUCACCCACAGCGGCUGAGGAGAAGCCUACUUUACAGUCUACGUUGGCUGCUACACCUGAGAUUAGUGUGAUGACUGACAAAGGAGUAGGUAUUGACAAUGAGAAAGAGAAGGUAGAAGAGGAAUGGAGACCAACUACAGAAUGGGUCGAGAGUUGGAAGAGCAAGUUGCCUUUGCAGACAAUUAUGAGAGUUCUCCAAGUUCUGGUGCCUCAGGUCGAAAAGAUUUGCAUUGAUAAGUAAGUUGGACCUUUAUAUUCAUACUCUGUUAUUUAGUCGUUUGAUAUACAGCACUGAAUAUUUACAACUGUUAUUUAAGAGUAUAAACUUUUUAGGGGUCUAACUGAUGAAAGUGAGAUCAUAAAGUUUCUACAACACGGUACUCUGGUUGGUCUUCUCCCAGUUCCUCAUCCGAUUCUGAUCAGAAAGUACCAGAGUAAUUACGGUACCAAUCACUGGUUCCGUACUUAUAUGUGGGGCAUCAUUUACUUGAGGUAAGACCAUAAUCAAGUUUUCAUAAGCAGCAGUUUAAAUUUUCUAUAAUUCAACUGAAACAACGUUAAUUAAUGUCACUCACUCUUAUAGAAAUGUGGACCCGGCCAUCUGGUAUGACACCUCCGUGAACCUGUUUGAGAUCCAGAAAGUUAACUAG